CCCGAGGCUUUCUUCAAUGGGCGCUUUGGACUCCCUGGCCGGAGGAGCCGCCAACCCCACCACCGCCGCCGCCCUCAGCAUGCUGAACGGGGCCGAGAGCCAAAGUUUCGCCAAGGAGCCUCCCGACCUGCAGGGGACGCCGACGACGGCCAAAGAUCCCGCCGGCUGCGAGCUGAAGCUGGGCGUCCCUCCUGAGCGCUUCUACUACCCCGAAGCUCACCUGCAAGAGGGAGGCUGCGCUUUAGGGCUCACCUACGGAGGGCAGCUGGUCCAGGGCGGCUUUGGGGUGAGCAGCCCGGCUCCCGCCGCCACCGGGAGGUUUCUGGGACCGGCCGGGAACAACUGCUCCUCCUACAGACCCCAGCCGCCUCCGCCGCCCGGCCCGGCCCCUCCUUCGGCCGGCCCUCCAGGCAAUCCCAGCUACCCGGUGGCAGCGGGUGAGAUCUAUCCCGGCGCCGCCGGGGACCUGUACCCGAGCGCGCACGGCGGCGAGAGCUGCUACCCGCCGGCGGUGCCGCACAUGUUCCCGCGGGGCCCCCUCUACCCCAUGCCGGGCUAUCAGGUGUCCGGGAAGCUCCAAGUGGUCCUCAACAACUACCCGCUGUGGGCCAAGUUUCACAAGCACCAGACGGAGAUGAUCAUCACCAAGCAGGGCAGGAGGAUGUUCCCAUUUCUGAGCUUCAACAUCACUGGGCUGGACCCCGUGGCUCAUUACAGCAUCUGUGUGGACAUUGUGUUAGUGGAUCAACACCACUGGCGGUACCAAGGCGGGAAAUGGGUGCAGUGUGGCAAGGCGGAAGGAAACAUGCCAGGGAAUCGGACAUACGUGCACCCAGAUUCUCCAAAUACUGGCGCCCACUGGAUGCGGCAAGAGAUCUCCUUCGGGAAACUGAAGCUCACCAAUAACAAAGGAGCAUCAAAUAACGUCACUCAGAUGAUCGUGUUACAAUCUUUGCACAAGUAUCAGCCACGGCUACACGUCACGGAGGCCAAGGAGGGCGAGGUGGACGAGGUGCACUCUUCUGUCUGCACCCAGAGCUUCACCUUUCCUGAGACGCAAUUCAUUGCUGUGACCGCGUACCAGAAUGCUGAUAUUACCCAGCUGAAGAUAGACCACAAUCCUUUUGCCAAGGGCUUCCGAGAUAACUUUGAUUCGAUGUACAAUGCAGCUGAGGGAGACCGCACAACUCCCUCUCCCCCCAGUGCUGGUAGCUGUCAGCAGCUUCUGGCUGGCAGCCAUUUCCAACCCUUCUUACACGAUCAGUACUCUCUGCCCCGGAGCCGUUUCUACAAUAGGGAGCAUGGCUCGCUCCCCCUGCAGCCCAAGGAUUCCCACCACUGGUAUUUUGCCUCACAACAGCCACCGACCACCCCUCUAGAAUACGGCACCUACGAUGGUGACUACAGAGGAAACAAAUUUAUGCCCUACAGUGUGAAGCCAUUUGCCCUGCAGGCUUCGCCCCACACUUCGCUGUCCUACUAUCAGGAGCACCCUUUUGGCCCUCCAACUGCUUGGAGUUCUCCAACCCAGUAUCAUCAUCCCAAGCCUGCCCCGGGGGCAUUGAGCUGGUUCCGGCCCAUGAGAGAUUUGCAGCCAGUGCCCCCUGGUGAUGAGAAAGGGAAGGACAGCGAAGGCUGGGCUGAGCCAGGUUCGGUGAAAUCAGCCGAUUCCUCGGACUCUGGGCUGUACGAAGCUGAGUGUAAGCGUCGUCGGAUGUCUCCCUACGUCUCCAGUGCUGAAAGCUCACCCCCCAUUCGCAACGGAGACCUCUACGACAAAGAAGGAGGUGACGCUGGCUACUAUGGUUUCUAUGGGAACUGAAGGGGAUCAGAGACAUUUGAGGAUAAGGAGGGGCUUUGAGGUAUCCUGUUCCUUUCGAGUCAUAUCAGCGGUACCAAGCAAAAAAACGGGGAUGCCUUCUUG